AUGAGUAAGAGAGAGAUGAGUGUGUGUCAGCAAACGUGAGCCUUAUUAUGCAAGAAUUUUCUUAAAAAUUGGAGAAUGAAAAGAGAGCCCUUAAUGGAGUGGUUGAAUGCAUUGACCCUGCUCCUUUCUCUGUACUUAUAUCCUAACAUUCAUCAAGUUAAUGAUUUUUCGUCCUCCACCAUGGACCUGGGGCGGGCGGAUUCACUCAGCACGCCUAAAUUUGCUGUUGCGAACACACCUGUCACAUGCACCACCCAGCAGAUCAUGAAUAGCGUGGCCUCCGCCUCCUUCAUGAAAGAUACAGAAGUCUUGAGAUUGUCCAAUGAAGAAAAUUUCAAAGAAUUAACAGCAAAAUACCCUGAGGAAAUAGUUAGAGUCAUCUUUACAGAUACAUUCUCAUACCAUCUGAAAUUCUUGCUGGGACACAGAAUCCCAAUACAGAAGGAACACAGGGACCACACAGCUCACUGUUAUUAAAGGAAUGAAGAGAUUGAUUGUGCAACUUCAGAAUUCUGGGAGAAAGGCUUUGUGGCGCUUCAGGCUGCCAUUAACGCUGCGAUUGUAGAGCUUGCAACAAACCACUCAGUGAUGGAGGAACUGAUGUCAGUUACUGGAAAAAAUAAGAAGAUCUAUCCUUUCAUCAGUCAAGGAGGAGUCAUGACUGAUUUCUUUGUUUUCUUCUACAUCCUUUCCUUUUCCCCGUUCACUUACUACGCGUCUAUUAAUGUUACACGAGAGAGGAAGAGGAUGAAGAGCUUGAUGACAGUGAUGCGUCUUCGAGAGUCAGCAUUCUGGCUCUCCUGGGGUUUGCUGUGUGCCGGCUCUAUCUUCAUCAUGGCCCUUCUGUUGACACUUGUUGUAAAAUCCACCCAGUUUUUCAUCCUGACCAGCUUCCUGGUGCUCUUCACCCUCUUUCUCCUGUAUGGGCUGUCUUUGAUAGCAUUGACUUUUCUGAUGAGUGUCUUGAUAAAGAAAUCUUUCCUCACUGGCCUGGUGGUGUUCCUUUUCACCGUCUUUUGGGGGAGUCUGGGAUUCUUGGCCUUGUAUAGACAUCUUCCUGCAUCCUUGGAGUGGAUUUUAAGUUUUCUUAGCCCCUUCACCUUCACCCUUGGAAUGACCCAGCUUUUACGCCUGGACUACGAUUUGAAUUCUAACGCAUCUCUUGAUCCAUCGGACAGCUCAAAUCUAAUAAUAGCAACAAAUUUCAUGCUGGCUUUUGAUAUUUUCCUCUAUCUGGCACUGAUGAUUUAUUUUGAAAAAAUUUUACCAAAUGAAUAUGGACAUCGACAUUCACCCUUGUUUUUCCUGAAGUCUUCAUUUUGGUCCAGACAACAAAGGUCGGAUCACAUAGCCCUUGAAGAUGAAAUAGAUUCCAACCCUUCAUCUAAUGACUCUUUUGAACCAAUGUCUCCAGAAUUCCAUGGGAAAGAAGCCAUCAGAAUCAGAAAUGUUACAAAAGAAUAUAAAGGAAAGCCUGAUAAAAUAGAAGCUUUAAAUGAUCUGGUAUUUGACAUAUAUGAAGGCCAGAUCACAGCAAUAUUCGGUCACAGCGGCACUGGAAAAUCAACGCUGUUAAAUAGUGGGUUAUCUGUUCCCACCAAAGGUUUGGUGACCAUCUAUAAUAAUAAACUUUCAGAAAUGGCCUACCUAGAACACAUCAGCAAGCUCACUGGAGUCUGUCCACAGUCCAAUGUGCAAUUUGACUUUCUCACUGUGAGAGAAAACCUCAGGCUCUUUGCUAAAAUAAAAGGAAUUCAGCCACAUGAAAUGGAUAAUGAGAUCCAGAGAGUUUUGCUGGCAUUGGAAAUGAAAAAUAUUCAGGACGUCCUUGCUCAAAACUUAAGUAGUGGACAGAAAAGAAAGCUAACCUUUGGGAUUGCCAUGUUAGGAGACCCUCAGAUUCUCCUGUUGGAUGAACCGACUGCUGGGUUGGAUCCCCUUUCAAGGCACCAAGUAUGGAACCUCCUGAAAGAGAGGAAAUCAGACCAUGUGAUCCUCUUCAGCACCCAGUUCAUGGAUGAAGCUGACAUCCUGGCUGAUAGAAAAGUGUUUCUCUCCAAAGGGAAGCUGACGUGUGCAGGCUCUUCUCUGUUUCUAAAGAAGAAGUGGGGCAUUGGAUAUCACUUAAGUUUGUAAUUGAAUGAAGUGUGUGUCCAGGAAAAAAUAACAUCACUUGUAAAACAACACAUCCCUGAUGCCAAAUUAUCCGCAGAAAGUGAAGGAAAACUUGUCUAUACGUUGCCCUUAGGAAGAACAAAUAAAUUUCCAGAACUUUACCAGGAUCUCGAUAGAUGUUCUGGCCUGGGAACUGAGAAUUACGGUGUUUCCAUGACAACCUUGAAUGAGGUGUUCCUGAAACUAGAAGCGAAAUCGACUAUUGACGAAUCAGGUACUGCCAGUUUCGGAGAAGGCCCAAUGGAAAGAGCUGGAGACACAGAAAGGCUUGUUGACAUGGAACAAGGUCUCUCUUCACUCAGUGAGACGAGAAAGACGGUCGCUGGCCUGCCUCUCUGGGGACAGCAAGUCUGCGCCAUGGCGAGGGUCCGCUUAUUAAAGUUAAAGCAUGAAAGAAAAGCUCUUUUAUCACUGCUGUUGAUUCUCGCAGUUGGAUUUGGCCCUCUUCUUUUGGAGCGCGUCCUCGUGAAAGUAUAUCAGACCAGCUACACUUGGGAACGCUCUCCUCACUUAUGCUUCCUUGCGCCUGGCCAGCAGCCACGUGGUCCCCGCACUCCGCUGUUAACCAUCAAUAAAACAGGGACAAGCAUUGAUGGUUUUAUACAUUCUGUGGAGAACCAGAACAUAGCUUUGGAAGUGGAUGUACUUGGAACUAGAAAUGGCCUAGAUGACCCAUCUUAUAACGGAGCCAUUAUAGUGUCUGGUAAUGAGAAGAAUGACAGCUUUUCGUUAGCAUGCAAUACCAAAAGACUGAACUGCUUCCCAGUUCUCAUGGAUGUUGCUAGUAAUGGCCUACUUGGGAUGCAUAAGCCGUCAGCACGCAUACAAACGGACAGAAGCACAUUGUGGGGGAACAAAGUUCGGUCCCAGCUACGGACUUCGGGGCUCUUUCCUUCUGCGUACUGGUGUGGUCAGGCCCUGGUGGACGUCCUAAUCUCCUGCUUGAUCUUCCUUUUUAUGUAUUUAAUGGACUACAGUUUAAUCCCCCAAGGCACUAUAUUUAAGAUUGUAAAUCAGAUUAUACAAAUCCCGUGCGCCAUUAGUUAUGCUGCAUCCCGCAUCUUUUUGACAUACGUGAUUUCGUUCAUUUUUCACAAGGGGAAAAAAAACAGUGGCAUUUGGUCCUUUUGCUUCUAUUUUAUUACCAUCUUCGCCACGGCUGGAUUUCUGCUGGACGAUGAAGGGCAUGGUGUGCUGUAUGCCAUCACCUUUUUUGUACCACACGCCAUGCUGCCUUUCCUUCAUUUUAUCAUCUUUCUUUUUAUUCUUUGAUGUCUGGAGUGGAAGUUUGGAAAGAAAUCAAUGAGGAAGGAUCCCUUCUUUAGAAUUUCUCCAAGAAGCAGUGACGUGUGUCCAAAUCCAGAAGAGCCAGAAGAGGGGGAAGAUGAAGAUGUACAGAUGGAGAGAGUGAGGACAGCAAACGCCCUGAAUGCCACAAGCAUUGAUGAGAAACCUGUCAUCAUCGCCAGCUGUCUACGCAAGGAGUACGCAGGGAAGAGGAAACGCUGCUUUUCCAAGAGGAAGAAGAAAAUAGCCACAAGAAAUGUCUCUUUCUGUGUUAGGAAAGGUGAGGUUUUAGGAUUAUUGGGACACAACGGAGCCGGUAAAAGUACCUCCAUUAGAGUGAUAACUGGAGACACAAAACCAACUGCUGGACAGGUGCUACUAGCAGGGAGCAGCCGAGGGGACCCCCUGGGAUUCCCGGGGUACUGUUCCCAGGAGAACGCCCUGUGGCCCAGCCUCACGGUCAGGGAGCACCUGGAGGUGUUGGCCGCUGUGAAAGGGCUGCGGAAAGCGGACGCGGAGGCUGCCGUCACCAGGUUGGUGGCCGCGCUGAAGCGGCAGGACCAGCUGAAGCUCCGCGCCAAGGCCCUAUCCGAGGGAAUGAAGGAAAGGUCGUGCUUCCGGCUGAGCACCCUGGGGAGCCCAGCGGUGGUGCUUCUGGACGAGCCGUCCACGGGAGUGGACCCCGAGGGGCAGCUGCACAUGUGGCAGGCGAUCCGGGCCAGCUUUAGAAACACCCAGAGGGGCGCCCUCCUGACCACCCAUUACAUGGCCAAGGCCGAGCCCGUGUGUGACCACGUGGCCAUCAUGGUGUCCGCAAGGCUGAGAUGUAUUGGCUCCAUCCAGCACCUGAAGAACAAAUUUGGCAAGGAUUACCUGCUAGAGAUGAAGGUGAAGACCCCCACGCAGGAGGAGACCCUCCACAGAGAAAUCCUAAGGCUCUUCCCCCAGGCUGCGCGGCAGGAAAGGUUCUCGUCCCUGAUGGUCUAUAAGUUGCCAGUGGAAAAUGUAUGACCUUUAGCCCAAGCUUUCUUCAAAUUAGAGAAGGUUAAACAGAACUUCGACCUGGAAGAGUACAGCCUCUCCCAGUCCACCCUGGAGCAGGUGUUCCUGGAGCGCUCCAAGGAGCAGGAGCUGGAUGAUUUAAAGGAGGAACUUCACCCCUCAGUGAAGUGGAAGCUCCUCCCACAGGAAGAGCCUUGA